AACAAAUCUUUUAUCAGCCGGGCGGCUUUUUGGAUAUCCUGGGUUUGCGGUGGUGGCGGCAGGGGUGGAAAACUUCACAUGUAGGCUAGUUUAGACAGUUCCUAUCCAUCUGCGACAAUCUCGAUAAAUGUAUCUAACUCCUGCAGUUUUCACUAACAUCUACAGAAAGCCCGUUUUCUUCCUCUAGUCUCCGCUUGCCCCGACAACAUGGAGUCCAAAUAUCUUUUCGAGAAGUCGUCGGUUGGGACAAGCGUCGGCGUGGCGGAUUUCAACUACCGGGCAGGCCGCUCCGGUCUGCUCGACGCCCGCUUCGUCCCGGUGUACGGGCAGGGGCCCGUCCUUUACAAAUUUGUGACGGACGGCGGCUCGACUACAGAGGUGAAAAACGAGCGCACUUCGUCCAAGGGGAACGGUCAAGCUUUGCAGGACGUGGAAAAAGCUGGACUUAGGGACCAAAAAGACACUGGUUCCACUGGGAUCCUGAAGAGGACCAGUCCCACUCGCUGUCUUGGCUUGAACAGGUCGUUGCCAGGCAGCUUCAUGAAUCUGGACAUCAGAAACCCAGGGAAACAGGCAGAGUUGGCUGGCAACUUUGGGGCAGCACAGGGCCAGACUGUACCACAGGCAGAGAGACAGGUCCUCUCCUCCUCCCACAUCCCUGUCCCCAGAAACAGGAAUCCUUCAGGUCAUGCCGACAAGGAAGUGAUGGCUGCCACUGUUUUGACCUCACUGUCCACAUCCCCGUUGGUGCUCAACCCUUCUCCUGCACCCACAGUUCCAGAACCAGCCAGCAAAACCUGGAAAGAGGUGCUGUCUGCCAGUUACAGCAGUUCGACCAGUGGCAACUGGAGCUGGGAUGCCAGUGACCAGUCGGUGCCCUCCACACCGUCCCCUCCACUUUCCAACGAUGCCAACAAGAACUUCCUGCUCUCGUCCCACAGUGAUGAUGUCAGUGAGGAUGUCACAGAGGGCACACACUUCAUGUUUGAGGACCCCAUACCCCGGAAGCGGAAGAACUCCAUGAAGGUGAUGUUCAAAUGCUUGUGGAAGAACUGUGAAAAGGUCCUCAGCACGUCCUCAGGGAUCCAGCGACAUAUCCGCACCGUCCACCUGGGGCGGAACACAGAAUCCGACUACAGCGAUGGAGAGGAGGAUUUUUACUACUCAGAGAUCGAAGUCAACGUGGACAGCCUAACGGAGGGCCUGUCGAGCCUCACGCCUACCUCCCCCACGACGGCCGGUCCCCCGCCCAUUUUCCCUCCGCUGCUGAGCGAAGUCUCCUGCUCCGAGCAUACCGCCGUGAACGGUUGCCAGAGCCACACUUCCUCACUGCUCAGUCAGUCGGCUCCAUCCACACUCUGUCACAUCCGCACUGACCACGCCUACCAGGCCACCGCUCCAGUGAGUAUCCCAGUGGGGCCUGAGCUGGCUGGGAUAAGCAAUGGUAAUGGGAUCGGGCCUGGAACUGGAACUGGGAAUGGCAUCAGUGUGUCUUGGCAGUCCCCUCCUGUCAUUUUUAAAGGCGUCCCGGGCCCUGUGUCUCAUGUUCGCACUGUCAGCAUCGGGGAAAAACGGCAGCCAGCAGCUGGCACACACACCACGGCUAACAAGAACCAUGCUGUAAUAACAUCGGUCCCUAAACCAGCACCAGGAGCCAGGAAACCCCGCGGGGAUGCUAAGAAGUGCCGAAAGGUGUACGGCAUGGAGAAAAGAGACAUGUGGUGCACAGCCUGUCGUUGGAAAAAAGCCUGUCAGAGAUUCACCGACUAAUCCGACCCGCCUUCCCUUGGUCUGUGAGACGAGCUCCUCGGAGCGACAGCGAAGUGGAACUCCUCCUCCGAGGAAAACAAGGGCAAAGUUCUCUGCUUCUUCUGGGCCAGCAGGUGGAAGGGAGGAGGGGUGGUGGCUUUAUUUCUUUUUUGUUGUUAUUUCCAAACACAAUGAGGGUAUCAGAACUGGUGUAUAGAGACGAAAAGGAAGAAAACUAUUCAGGUCUGGAGACUUUUUUUCUAAGACUGAGACAUUUUCAUCUACAUAAAAAAAAGAUAACGUCUGAUUCUUUUAUUUUUCUUGCUUGCGAUCAAGGCAGCGAUUGAAGACUACAGAUCAGCAUUUUGAUAUAAUCUCUUGUUCUUCAUUGUAAGAGCAUCAUGUAAGCUACUUUUUGUGUGGUGAGUCGAGACGCUUUGUGGGGCUUCAACGGUUAAAAUCAGAUGUGCUCGGGAAACAAAACCUCACAUUGUGUCUGUUUGAGGGACUUUACAACAUUUACCAAAUAGAAAAAAAAAACGUUUUGGUGUACUCUGACACCAGCGUGUCCUUCAGUCUAACUGGAUUUAGACUGUAACACAUUUUUAUCAGAAACGCCUGCCAGAGUUGCUUCAGAUCCACAAAACUGCACUAAACCAGUCAGAACAAGUGGUACAAAGAGUUUUUCUUGGAUGUUCCAAAAAUAUUUUCAAGAGAUGUACAGUUUAUAAAAUAUAUGAAUGUCCCAAUAACAUCAUCCUUAUUCUUAUUAUUAAAGGCUUUCCCCCUACAGAUAAGCAUCAUUGUACUCCAAGGAAGCAGUGAGAGUGGAGAUAAUAGUUUAUACUCAGCAACAAGUUGCUGUACAGACUUGCUUUGUGCAAUCAGAGGAAUGACAACAUUCCAUAUUGUCUUUUUUCCUUUGGAGGCUGUCGUCGGGUUAUGAGCCGAAGCAGAAGAGUUCCGAUUUCUUUUCCCCGAUUGUUUACUACAAUACGUGAAUUGAAACGGACCUUUGACAUUGUGGCUCAACAGCCUGACCGAUAAUAAACACGUAUGAAAUCAACCCGUAUAGUUUUUUAAAAGGAGAAGCUGCUUCGCCGUCUUUGGAGGAUUCACAUUUACUUUUGUAAAUACCAACCUUACAGGGCCCAAGGCUGACUCGUGUUUUUAUCCUUCAGCAAAUCAAUCAGCUUCACAUGAAGCGUAGCAAGGAUUGAACUUGUUUUACCAAACAGAGUCUUACUUUCUAGAAUGGGACUGUUUUUUUACAAAGGCCAUAAAAAGCGGCCAAAGUUUACAAGAUAUUGUAUAAAAACUAUAGGUGGUAGAUUUUAGAUACCCUUCUAUGGGUAAUGUACCCCCCUUUUUUAGUAAUAUUGGCUGUGCUUGUUAUUUGUAAAAUACAGGGCAAAGACAUAGUAAAUUUAUAAUAUUUAAACGCUGUUCCCUCUUUAAAAUGAUCAUUCUCCAUCUGUAUGUGUCUUAAGUGAAAAGCACUUAUAAUUGGCGCAAUGACACGGACGGACAAACAGACAAAAGUUAGUUGUUUAGAAAUCCCCGGAGCAGUUUUUCAGUUUUAGUUUCCCUGUUUAGUAUUUUUUAGAUGUUAUUCUCAGACUCAGUUUUUAACUAAAAACUUGUAAAGAAACACUUUUUGUCUUAUCCAAUCACCCGCUUCAUGAAAACUUCAAGUAAAGUUAUUUAUUCCUCUUGUUAGCCUCAAAGGGCUUUAAUAUCGGCACAAAAAAGACCCCCCCCCCCCCCCCCCACUCUCAGAGCCUUUGAUUCACACAUGGGGGUUAAAAAAAGGAAUAAUCUGGAUUUCCUUUUGUAAUUUCCAGAGAUGCAGUCAUGACAAUAGAUGUAUAUUUUUUGAAGAACUUCAUACUUGUGCUGUGUAUCAGCAGCUUUUUUCUCACAGAUUCUGCUGCAUGUCUCCUCUCUUAAGUGCUCCUGACACCCACCUGACCCGAUCUCAGUGGCAGCAUACGCCGGAGCGUUUGUACUUCCCCGCAUGACAGUACGUCUUGACUGACUCCAGACUUCUGUCACCACACAUGCACCUGUGUCGUUUUCCCAGCAUCACCCAGUCACAGGUCUACGUGCGUUGGCUGAUGCCUAGGUGACCAGUUGUCACUUCUUGAUGCAGAAAGUCAGUGGAUGGAAACAAAACAUGUUAGGCGACAGAAUCGUUGGGAUGGAAUGAGCUUUUAUUCCAGAGGUGUUCCAGAUAAGAUAGGUCAGCUGGCCUCUUCCUGUCAGAGACUUCACCAAAUUCACCAAGUGCCAAUAAACGUUAAGCUUAAUGGAGAAAGGUAUACUGACUAUAUAUAAUUGCACUACGCUGCACUGCGCAAAAAGACAUGUUUUUGUACAUGGAUAUUUUAUAUUUACAAAUUUCUACGUGAAAGGGUGUUCUAUUUCUGGGGGGUGGGGGGUACGGUCACAGGCUGAUGGGGUGUCAGGGACAGGGGUCCAGAACCUCUGGGGUUCCCCAUCAUUGUCGCGUGAUCUUAACUGCUAAUGUCUUGCUCUUUGUGUCAGACGUACUAAUCGCAGUGGUGCUGACUGUUUUGGGCGCGCGGUACUGGAAGUGGUACUCAGCAGUAGUCCGUCACUUUGCUUUCCCCUUGGAUGAGUGCCAAGGACUGAAAGCCGUGCCAGCCUUGUCGCAGCAGUGGGAAAACACCGGUUUCAGUACGUAGCCACAAGUUAUCACGAUAACAGAAGAUGCUUUAAAGUGUUUUUUUUUGUUUUUGUCUUUCCAGAGUAUUCACACUUUUCAAACACACACUUCUGUAAAGGCCCAACUUUGUGCUUCCUUCACUUAAAAAGGCUCCUGCUUCUUGACAUGUUCUGCUGAGCUGAGGCAGUACAUUUAUACAAACGGUUAUUAGUGCUGGUUAACACUUUUAAUUCUACUACCUUUGGUUUGGUGGCUGGCUGAGUGUUAAGCCACCCACUAGGUCUCUCCAUUCUCACCAGCAGGGGCUAAGGCAGUGCUUCCCAACCUGGGGUCCAUGACCCCCCCCCCCCCCCCCCCCCAAAAAAGGUUGCAGGAGGUCCCCACAAUUUAGUGUGUGCUGAGGUUGUGAGGUUAUCAAGAUUAUAUUUGUAAAAAUUACAUUCAUAAAUUCUAGAUAGCACACCCAAUAGUACAAUCAAAACUCGUGUAUGAGGCAUAACUCUGUGUCUGGAUACAGUUUGCAAUUAUUCACUUUUAAUUGUGUGCGUGCGGGUCGGAGUUAAGGUUAGGGGGCCCUGGCUUGUCUUGGACACAGGAAAGGGGUUCCUUGUGAAAAAAGGUUGGGAACCACUGGUCUAAGGUAUGGCCUGGCACAGAGUAGGACCCAGUUAAAGCUUCUUCUUGAGUUGGAUCCUCAGGUUCUGUUCUCGUUAGAUUUUUACCUGUAAGUUAAAGGAUGGAGAUGACUGCUAACUAUCAGUGGGUGUGUAGUGGACACGGUGUGCCGCUAUGAUUUAGGCUUUGUGGAUUCAGGACUUUCUUGUACAUAAUGCAGGAUUAAGAGGUCUGUGAGGCUUUUACACGUAUUGUUGUUUUGUUUGUAACUCUGUUAUAUAAAAAGGAAACUUUCUCUUUUUUUUUUUUACAAUAUUGUUGCUCAAAUAUAUUUUCGUUCUUUUUUAAAGGCUAUUGAGAAGCUAUAGCGAACUGAUUCAGUGUAUGUUGUAGCGUAGAGGCAAAGGGGCGAAAAAAAGACAACUUGUUGAAUGUAAAAUUUAUUGAAAAAAUCUUUUUGUUUAUAUUUUUUGUAGUUGCUGGCUAAUCUGUAAUGGUCGGGCCCGUUGAGAAACUGUAGAGCAUCUUUAUUUGGCAUCUGAUUUCUUAGCACCCACAGACAGCUGUCGCCACACUGUUGAUUCGUACAGAAUAACACAACCAUGCAGUAUUGCUUUACUAUCUUUGUGCAAUGACAAUAUACAGCAGAACAAGAACGUUGUUGCUUUUGAGUGACAUCUGGGCUACUUCGCUCCCAUUGUUCGUGUUCAACCCUGCCAAAUGCUCUGAGUGUGUGUAGUACUUUGCCUUGGAUGCUGUUUGUGACUGUGACCGUUGGUCACCUUGGAACUUGUUAGCUAGUGGGAACCCAUUUCCCUGCCCUGCACAUUCCAACAGACAGCAUGCAGUUUAGGGUCUUUUGCUCGUCUCCCUUCCUCCGAUCAACGCGUUAGCCGUUUCCGUGUUCUUGUGUGAUCCAACUUCACUGUGGUUCCACCCAAGCCUUUACCCAGUAUAUUAAGCUAAACUAAACCCUUGAAAUGUGCGCAAAAACUUUCUUUUUUCUUCGAACAUGCUGCUUUCUUGAAUGUUAGUUUUCAUCUGUGUGCGAAACAGCAUCAGCAGUGAGCAAACACAAACCUCCUUCAGAACGAAUGGUUUUGCAUUGCAAUGGCAGCUCUACACCUCUGCUCCUGUGCUUGUAAUGUCUGCCCAGGUGUUUACCCUCGCUGUCACGUCCCAGCUUCGGUGACCAUUUUCUGUACUCUUGUGUUUUCACUGAGGCUCAAACCAACCUCUUGUUUUUAUUUUUCUCCCUAAGACUGAUUGAUUGAGUUUGAACAUGUUUGCAUGUCUAGCGUUGCUUGUUCUUUUCUCUUUUCUUUUUAAAUUCUCAUUUUCUGCGUGUUAGGAGAUACAACACUGAAGGUUUUUAUCUGUUAGAUUUCCUCUCUGUCCAAAAAACUCUAGGGUGAUGUAAAUUGUUUCCCACUUGACAGAGCAGCCGGACUACUCCCUGUGCUUGGUGGGGUCUGGUGGGAAACAUAACAUCAGGACUGGAGUCUGCACUGGAAGCCAAGAUUUCUCCCGUUUGUGGGCUCACAUAGCUUCUGUUCUUUGUUAGUGGGCCCACACACACGGAGGAAGCACUUUCUGAGCAGUGGUGCACUCAAGGAGUAUUUGUGCGAAUGUCAAGCCUUUUGAAAAGAUAGGUGACCAUGUAUGAUGCUUAUAAUGUGAUUUAUGUGAUGUAAUGUGAGUAAAAAAAAUAAACCUGAGUGAAAAAAUA